GGGGGGAGCAUUGUGUUGCUUGGAAGAAGUUCUUUGAUUCAAUCAAUGAGUGACUCUUUCCUACCACGAGGGCUCGGGCAACCUAGGUUAAAAAUGGGGACCGGGAAAAGCCAUUCCCUGGAGCGGGGAAUUAAUAUGCAACAAGAAAACGAGACAAUGAAACCCACGUGGUAUCGCACGGUACUUUAAUGUUGUUAUUGGACAGUGUCGUUCUAGGGAAUCGCAUUUAUGCGCUUUAAAGGAUUUGAGCAAGACUUUCCUCCCCUCCUUUUCUGUAAAGGUUUGGUAUGUCCCAGGGACAGAUGUCUUCAGAUCUUUUAACAUUUGGAUGUCGCUAAUACCCAAGUUAAAUUAAAUGCCUCAAGGGGGUGGUGAAGAAUUUAGCCAGCGUACUAGAAACGUGUGAACAGCAGUAGUCACUUCUUGGAAGUAGCUGAGAAGCUCCAGAAAACAGAACCACUUGGCUGUUUCAUAGCAUUGCCUAUUUGGGAACAGGACACCAGAAGUGAUUGCAAGUUUAGCUAGAUUCAUGAAUGGACAUCAAGAAGCUGAAUCUGUUUAACAGAAUACCUCUGCUGUUGGAAAGAAAAUGGCGGGCGCAACUUUACAAAAAGGAGAACCUACGACGUUUACAAGGUGUAAUUCAAUUUCAUCCUUCCUCCACCAUUAGAGCGGGCCAUGAAGAAUAAGGAUGAGAUCAGUGACACAGACAGUGGGAUCAUAGUGCAGUCAGGACCAGACAGCCCUGUAGCUCCAAUGAAGGACCUGACCCAAGCUAUGAGGAAGCAGCAGAGAGUGCUGGAGGAGCGGCUGGAGGCUUGUGUGCAAGAACUGAAAAGGCUGUGUUUACGUGAAGCGGAGCUGACAGGGAUGGUUCCUUCAGAGUAUCCUCUGAAAGCAGGAGAGAAGCCCCCAAAGGUCCGUCGUCGAAUUGGGGCUGCUUUCAAAUUGGAUGAGAAGGCUAUCCUCUCAAAAGGAGCGGAUCCAGUGAGUACACUGGAGAGAGAUCUAGCUCUGCAGCUUCAGAUUGCUGAGGCUGCACGGUGUCUCUCCCGGGAAGAGAAUCUCACCAAGCAAGUCCGGAAGCGCCGAAAAAGUGCAGUACUGAAGGAGGAAAAAAAGCUGAAGGACUUGGAGCAAGCCCUCGAUGAAUACCGCCUGGCAGCCCGGCAUUUGACACCACUAAGGGCCAGUGCCCCAGCCUUAGAAGAGUUUAGUGCCUCUGAUGAGAGUUCCCUGUCUGACGUUGCCCUAGUAGAAGAAGGACCCCAGCUGCUGAACUCUCCUCCAUCAAAACCUACUCCCUUGGCUCAUCAACCUUUACAUGGUUCUUCAUCUCAGCCUCCUCCUGAUAACUUGCCAGAAGGGCAGAUCCACUACCAACCCACAGAACUGGAAAGUGCACCCAUCCAGAACAGCCCCUGGAAGGAGACCAGUCUGGAUAAGCCCUACAAGAAGACCAAGAAACCUACUGAGCCUACCAGCAUACCAAGCCCAGGCCUGAUGCCCCAGCCGGCACCCAGCUCUACGGCUCAGAGGAUAGCUGAACCACCUUUGUGCCACUUCGUUCCUGUGAGGAAGACAGAAGUCAGGAGACAGACUGGCUCUAGUGCCCCACCUACACCUGAGUUUCUGGGAAGGAGAGGGCAGUCCCAAGCCAUAAGAAUGUGUUCAUCCAGGGAAGGCAUGGAAUCCCGUGGAAGAAGUGCACUGCCAAGGCGGCGUCCCACCUACUACACAGUCACCGUUCCUGAAUAUUGCUUCUCAGCACCCAAAUCCAAUCCAACCAUCCAGCCUACCUAUCACUCUGCGUCAGAAGACAGCAAUUCAGAUGUCUCCAGCAUCUCCUAUACAACAUCGGCUGGCAGCAGCAGCCCUGACAUCUCUUUCCUGAAGCCAAUACCCCCAACACCCAUGGAAGAGGCUUUGCAGCCAUUCCAGAGCCAGGUCUGCAAGGGACAUGAAGCAGGAUACCACUCUCAGGGUCCUCAGAAGAUGCUGUCAGCCCCAGGCUACUUCUCUGCCAUAGAGUAUGCAACUGAGUGCCUCCUGCCUGCUGGGAGGGAGCCCUGCUAUGGCCGGCCACACUUUCCCUCUGCCAGCUCAGCCCCCUUUGCAUACAAGGAAGAAGCAAUGUCACUGAGAUUUCACGGGUCAAUUGUUUCUCAAAGCAGGGUGGUGCGUACACCUUCUCUGAAGGACUGCCUCCCUCGCCCUUCCACAGGCACUUGGGUCUUGUCUAAGUCAGCUGUGACAGAAGAACUAAAAUCAUGGCAUGAACGGACCCGCCUGCGCAAUGCACGGCCACAUUCACUGGACCGGCAAGGUGCUUUCCGUAUGCGCAGUGGGCCAGGUAGAGAGUUACGCACUGCAUGUUCCAUGGGACAGCAAACACAGGUUCCUCGUGUCCAUAUUCUGAAACGCUCUCCUGAAGGAGCCCCUGUGCAGGUCUACGUGCCGGAGAACGGGGAAAUCAUUACUCAGGUCUAGCAAGCUACUGAAGCUCCACCUGCCUCAAAGAAUCAGGCAUCGUCAGCCGGCUGACUUACUUGAAGACGAAGAAGCAGUCCCAGGCCAAACUUUGGCUGGCUCUUUGGCCUGCUAUUCCUGCUACUUGAAUAGAAGAUUUAAGAUCUAUGCUGGAAACUACAGAUGACUACUCAGCCAGUCCCUUUUGUUUUCUGUGCUGAAUUCAACACAGUAGAUUGGCUGACUCGGAGAGUUGUGUUUUUUUUAGCUGUGGACUCUGUGGAAUACACAAGACAGCAAGAACCAACGGCAUGAAUGUUUCUUUGCCUAUUUAUUCAUCUGUCUGCUACAAUGGGAUGCUUGAAACUUAGCAGAGCAAUGUCAGCUACCUUAAUUUCAGAUGCCUGCUAGGAAGGGAAUCUCAUCUGACCACAUGGCUUGGCUCUCUGCUGUGGAAUGUAUGUGCUUUCCUAGAUGCUCUGUAGUGGUUCUCUCCUCUGUUCUGACAUCAAGCUCUACACUGGCAGCCAGCAAAUCAGGCCAGACCAAAUAAACUGGCAAGUCUUUUGAAGUGCAAAUUACACUCUUACGAGCGUGCCAUGCCAUAAGAAACUUUCAUUCAUGACUCUUGUGAUAAAUUUGGGUGUGUAGAUCACAGAUUUCUUAUUUUCAGUUUUAUUGGAAAUUUCUACUAAAAAGACCCCAUUUCAUGGGUGAAAUGUUGCUCUGUUCUGUAUGUAUCUAACCCUGACUCUAAUUAUUUCAUGGAAGGGGGAAGAAUUUUUUUCCAUAUACAAAACAAGUCACUGUAUUUAGUAACUUCCUCUUCUUGCUUACCAGACAACUUGUUAUUUUACAGUUGACAAAAUGUUCAUGAUUCUCUUGAAUCGUAAUGAGAAAGCUGCUAUAUACCAACUUUGGAUGCAAAAUAGGUGUGCUGCUCCCAGAUCUGAUACACAAUAGAGAAGGGGUGCAUUCUAUCCAACUUUCUAGGUGUCUAACAUAAUGUUUAAUUCAACCACAGCCAGGCCCACCUUGCACAGGACUAAGUUUGUAAUUUUUCUAGCCCUCCUAAUUACCUGUCUGAUUAUAGAGCUUUAACAUUUCCUGUAAUAACCUUCCUUGGUCCAAGCAAUUUAAAUCACACCUGCACUGUAACCAUUUUCUGGUCUUCUCAUAGUAUUUCUGAGUUUUGGUACCAGGUUAAGGUUGCUAACUUUUUUUUGUGACAGGGCACCUUUGACAGCUGCAUGACUAGCAGAAAUUCAGUUGUGGAACUUUUAUUAUAUUUGCAUUAUUGUGUUAGAAGUUUCACUCACAAUCUGCUGAAGUUCAUACAGCUGCACAAGAUCCUAGUCUAGACUGGAUGAAAUUUCUGGAGUCUAAGGAACCUCCCUCCAUUUCUACGGAAGAAAGAGCCACAUCAAUUUUUUUUAAAUCUCCUUAUGCUGCUGGAAAGUUUCCCACUUUGCUUUGUGGAGUGGCAGAAUACAGCCCAAUGUAGCAUAAUGGCUAAGAUUCCAACAAGCAAAUCAGUUUGAGGAUUUUGAAUGGAGGUUAUCCUAAGUUAACCUUUUAGAUAUUUUCAGUGAGAAUGCUACAGCAUGUCUUGUUUUUGCCCCAUCCUCUCAACCUACUUUUCAGAUCUUCCCAGUCAUUGGAAUCCAUCAUUUGAGCAACAUCACCACCUUCAGUGUAGCAGAGCAACUAUGUGCUUUAGUCCCAGCCGAGCACCUGUGCCGCUGAGUCACACACUGUCAUUCAGUAUUGGCCUAUCACCGGGGUUGAGAUUAAAGAUAAAAAUUCCACUAUAAUUGCCUGAAUUCUAUGCCCCAGGAAAUUGAAUUCUAUAGCCUGGGCACAUUCAUUCUGCAAGUUAAACUUGGAAGACACUGAAGCCCCACUCGCUACUGGAAAACUAUGCCCUAUUCUUCCUCUGGUUUCUCAAAUUUCAACAGGUAUUGCCCUCACACAAAUAACUUGCCUUCUCAACCUUAGGAAACUGGCUCUUCCAAUAAUAUAAACCGAUCCUCAGCAUCCUGUACUGUGCUUGUGGAAUGCAGUCACAGAAUGGACACAGCCCUUCCUUGUUGUGUUCUUCCUCAUUGCCCUCUGCUGCAAUGCUGUUAUAAGCAGCCAAGUGUCUUUAACCUUUGGUUUUGUUUGUUUGAUAGAGUAGGGAUGCUAAAUCACUAAUUAUGGUACCAUAAUGACUGAGUAUGUGCAGUAUCUGCAGAACACACAGUGCUAUUGAGAUUAACUUAUUUGUUUAAGUUUCGCCUAUUUGUAACAGUUGGUCUCGACUUACCUCUAAACAGCGUUAAAAUGUAUUUUAACAUUU